AUGUUCUUCAUCACCUCUGCGACUGCAAUACAUUUUUUCGACAACAAGGACUGUCAGCAAGUCGAACUAUUACACACUUCAUCGCUAUAUCGACUGCCCAACGAUAAAGACUGCUCAAGCUCAUGCAAUCUGUUUUUCAAAUCAGACACUGGCCCGUUUCAGGACCGGACAAAAGCUACCAAGGCUGCUUUAAACGUCUGUAUGAAGGGCGGAUCGACCGGUGUCUUGUUAAAGAAGGAGCUCAUUAACAAUAAUAAUCAAUGCUUGUGCACCUUACAAGACACUCUGUGGCGAAUGGACAAAAAAUGCGAUAGCAGCAUAAUCACUAGGGAAUUGAAUGCAAAUGGCAAUGAUGCUGUAGUCAUUGUUAAAUCUGUGGCCAGUCCUCGAAACAAUACCAAGGGUUAUCUCUAA